AUGCCUACUGAAGAAGAACUUUUGGCAUCAUACCCCAGCAAGUGCGCGGCGGGGUCGCUCGCCGGGACGCCCGGGAACCUGACGAGCGAGCACGAGGCGGCGCUGGAGGAGCUGCGCAAGGUGCUGAAGCAGGCCGGAUUCACCAAGCGUCUGGACGACUCGACGCUUUUGCGGUUUCUGCGGGCGCGCAAGUUCGACGUGGCGGCUGCGCGGGCAAUGUUUGAGAACUGCGAGAAGUGGCGUAAGGAAAACGGCGUGGACACGAUCUUCGAGGACUUCCACUACGAGGAAAAGCCGUUGGUGGCCAAGUUCUACCCGCAGUACUACCACAAGACGGACAAGGACGGGAGGCCGGUGUACAUCGAGGAGCUGGGCGCGGUGAACCUGACGGAGAUGUACAAGAUCACGACGCAGGAGCGCAUGCUGAAGAACUUGAUAUGGGAGUACGAGUCCUUCUCGCGGUACCGCUUGCCGGCCAGCUCCAGACAGGCCGACUGCCUCGUCGAGACGUCCUGCACCAUCCUAGACCUCAAGGGCAUCUCCAUCUCCGCAGCCGCGCAGGUGCUCAGCUACGUGCGCGAGGCCUCGAACAUCGGCCAGAACUACUACCCCGAGCGCAUGGGCAAGUUCUACAUGAUCAACGCGCCAUUCGGCUUCUCCGCCGCAUUCCGCCUGUUCAAGCCGUUCCUGGACCCUGUCACCGUCUCCAAGAUUUUCAUCCUGGGCUCGUCCUACCAGAAGGAGCUCUUGAAGCAGAUCCCUGCAGAGAACCUGCCCGUCAAGUUCGGGGGCCAGUCCGACGUCAGCGAGGCCGAGGGCGGCCUCUACCUAUCCGACAUUGGGCCGUGGAGGAACCCCAAGUACAUCGGGCCCGAGGGCGAGGCUCCGAAGGCCUUCUCCAUGUCCCCCAAGCCGGAAUCUGCCUGA